UGAAAGCCACUUUCUCAGUGGUGUUGUGCUUAAACCCACAGCAACAGCAAACCCCUGACAGGCAUCUGAGCCCAGACACCGAAAAACCGGGGAAUCUGAGCUUUCAUAGAUAUGACGUUUGUUCAUCGCUCCAAGGAUGAAGAUUAUCUGACUAAAGUGUUUAUAUGCAUCGCAGUGACAUUGAUGUUUGUACCUGGAGAGCAUGAUGCAGAUGCAUUUCCUGCCUGGAGACUUCAGUUAGAACACGGCGCCUUUCCCAGCUUCGUGCAGCUUGAUGUGGAGCAGCCGGGGAGGCAAGGGCAGGAACACCCGGCUCGGAAGAAGAGAUACACGUUAACUCCGCAGAUGCUGAAAUGGGAUCACUUCAACCUGACCUACAAAAUUGUAUCCUUUCCAAAGACCCUGAACCAGGAGGACACAGAGAGAGGAAUCGCUGCUGCUUUUCAAAUGUGGAGUGAAGUUUCUCCUUUCAACUUUACUGAGGUUCCUCCAGAUGUCAACUCUGAUAUUAAAAUAGGAUUUUAUUCCAUAAAUCACACCGACUGCCUGCAAACUCCUUCUCAUCCCUGUUUCGAUGGAAUAACCGGAGAAUUAGCACAUGCUUUCUUUCCAACCAAUGGAGAAAUCCAUUUUGAUGACUAUGAGCACUGGAUAUUGGGUAAAACUCGUUUCAGCUGGAAGAAAGUGGUGUGGCUGACUGACCUGGUGCACGUUGCUGCGCACGAGAUUGGACAUAGCCUCGGUCUAAUGCACUCGCUGAACUCGGAUGCGAUCAUGAACAGAAAUGCCACUCUAACAGGAAAGGACAAAAUCACUCAGGACGACAUGUGGGGGAUUUGGAGGCUUUACGGUUGCCUGGACAGACUGGAUGAAUGCCCUUCCUGGGCACAGAGCGAUUUCUGUGAAAACCAUCGUGCGUUAAUGAAGAAGCAUUGCCCGUACAGCUGUAACUUCUGCAGAGACCCUCCAGUUCCCACCAUUGCCCCUACUCCCAUCCCACCCAGGACCAAGGUUAAACGAGUUCCCAAAGGAAGAAAAGUCACGGUUCGUUGUGGACAGAAGAUUGCCCAUAAGAAGGGAACCUUGCAGUGGUACAAAGAUGGCGAACUGUUGGAGUAUUCAUACCCCGGAUACCUGUACAUGAAGGACAAUAAGCUUAGUAUCAUUGCCAAUGCAAUUAAUGAAGGAACUUACACAUGCGUGGUGAAGAAAGGUGGUAAAAUCCUCACAAAAUAUUCCUGGAAACUAAAGGUUAAAGAAUAAGAAACCAU